UGCCCAUAAAAAGGUGUAUGCUCUUGACUACUCGUUAAACCGGAAACCCAUCUGAGCUUGGUUCUAACAGGUCUUCUUGACCAAGGACCAACUAUAUGUCUUCCACAGUGUGGUGCGAGUGGAGUUCUACACAGAGCUAUGAAAGUAAGAUGGUCUUCUCGUGUUGUGAGACUGCACGACGUAGGACAAAGCGGCAGUCCCUCGCGCCCGCUUUCUGGGUGCGACCUAAGCACAUGGCGUUCAUCUGGUGUGACGUUGUGCAGACCAGAAGGUUCAGGGUUCCGCCGCAGCUUGUGAUAUCACUGUACAAGCCUGAAAAGUUGAGAAAUGUGGAAUGGGGACUGUUAGUAUCGCUCUGGAUUCUGCGGAGUCGCAAGAAGGACUCGACGGCAGUGGCCCUGUCCACCUCUCCCUCUCGCGGUAAAGAACGGAAACGAACACAUCGUCCAGGCCAGCUCCACAUCACCCUACUUACCCUGCAAGCCCUUGUACCAACAAUAGUCCACCCUACCUCCCCCGAGCAAGGGAGCAGGGAACGGGGAACGCGGCAAGCUCGCCAACACCCUUACCAUAUAUACAGCAAAUCGCGACCUGCACAUCCAUCAUCGUACAAGAUGCACGACAUCGAAAGACCCGGCCGUGCAUCUCACAUCCCGCGCAAACUCGCCUACUCGAGCCAGCCCACGCUGUCUCGAUCAUCUCGGGAUCAGAAGGCAGAUAAACGAACGUAUCACAACAGCGACCCCCCGCAGUGGGACCAGUCUCAACCCUCGCAGCUCGCGUCCAAUGUUGUACAGAACGGGACGAGGGCUUGGAGGCGUGCUGUUGUGAGUGUACCUGAGUAAGGGAGAGACAUGGGGAACUGCUAUAAAGGUAUACUGAGGAGUGUUGGGUGUAGCGAGCCGAGUGGUACGACUAUGCAGUAUGUUGUGUUUAGC